AAUUUUGUGAAAGCUAACAGUGACAGUUGGAGAAUCAUCAAUCAUCAGUACACAAUGGACGGAAUAUAGGUCUUGAGAGUAAAUUACAUACCCAAAAAGGAAAAAAAAAAAAAAUCUCAAUGGACUCUCAGAUUCUGAAAUUCUCAACAUUUGCUCCUUCAAGAACUCUGAUUUUCAACCCCAAAAAAGUAGCCCACAUCCAUGGGCUGUCUAAUACCCAAUUCAGGUUUGUAGCAAUGGGUGCAGCAAGGUCAGUUCAGAAGUCAGAGGAUGAAUGGCGUGCCAUUCUCUCCCCUGAGCAAUUCCAGAUUUUGAGGCAGAAAGGAACAGAGGAUCAAGGGAGUGGGGAGUAUAACAAGUUUUUUGGUGUAGGCACCUACCUCUGUGCUGGUUGUGGCACUCCCCUCUACAGGUCUGCAACCAAAUUCAACUCACCCUGUGGCUGGCCUUCUUUUUAUGAGGGUCUCCCCGGGGCCAUAAAUCGCAAUCCAGACCCAGACGGCAUGAGGAUGGAGAUAACUUGUGCUGCUUGUGGAGGCCAUCUUGGUCAUGUUUUUAAAGGUGAAGGGUUUCGUACCCCAACGAAUGAGCGCCAUUGUGUCAACAGUAUAUCCCUCAAGUUCAAACCACCACAGUUUUAGUCCCUCGUCCUGAGUAUAUAUGCGACGAUUAUUUUUUCUCGCAUUUGUUACACAAAGAGAUGCUCCAUUAACUACUAAUGAAAGUAUAGUAUUUUUAUAUAAAAAUCUUACUACCA